AUGACUGAGCCAGACACACAAACACAGAGGGAGGGGGCGCGUGAGAGAGCGCGCGUGAGAGACCUAGACGGAGCGCGAGGGGGAGAGAGAGCCACAGACUGUGAGGAGAGAGAGAGUGAGCGCGCGAGCAGGCUGGCUCUCAGACUUCUCAUCUCCAUACAGUCAGAGUGAACUGCGGGGGCAGACGGAGCAGAUCGCUGCAGUCCUCGACAGCGGAAAGAACCUCAAAUAAGGAUUUUUUUUUUUAAUCGAGCUGUAUUGAUUCUCACCUCCCGCUUUUGGUUCAUUUUCGCCUACUUUGUUUUGGAAUUCGACAAACGGAACUUUUCGCUUCUUCUGAGUUUGGAAAGUCGUCUUUUCAGAUAUGGACAGUCGGCGACCCGCUACAGGGAGCGACUGGCCGGUGUUCACUCUGUAGUCGCAGGAAUAAAACUGUAAACUCACGUCUGGGACUUUUUCCUGGAUAUUUGAUGAAGCGCUUCGCAAUUUUGGUCAAUUCUGGGACACCGCGGAUUUACCAGAUUCAAGAACGGAUAGAUACUUGUGAUUCCCGAUCGACGACAAGAAGGAUUUACGCUUCUGAAGUUGCAGGAAAAGCAUGGAGACUGUAAGUCGGCAGAGCUUCCAGCCUCAUCCGGGACUGCAACAAACUCUCAAGCAGUUUCACCUCAGCUCUAUGAGCUCUCUGGGCGGACCUGCGGCUUUCUCUGCCCGGUGGCAACAUGAGCUGCUCUUCAAGAAGGACGGUAAGGAGCCCGAGCCGAUUCUGCAGCAUCUGCCGCCCCCCGUGAUGCCGGGCCCACUGUUCAUCCCGUCGGACCGCUCCACGGAGAGGUGCGAAACGGUGCUGGAAGGCGAGACCAUCUCAUGCUUCGUGGUCGGAGGGGAGAAGCGACUGUGCCUGCCGCAGAUUCUCAACACGGUGCUGCGGGACUUCACCCUGCAGCAGAUCAACUCAGUGUGCGACGAGCUGCACAUCUACUGCUCCCGUUGCACGGCGGACCAGCUUGAGAUCCUCAAAGUCAUGGGGAUCCUGCCCUUCUCGGCGCCGUCCUGCGGCCUCAUCACCAAGACGGACGCUGAGCGGCUCUGCAACGCCCUGAUCUACGGAGGCGCCUACCCGCCGCGCUGCAAGAAGGAGCUGAACGGAGGCACGCUGGAGCUGCAGUUUACCGAUAGGAGCUUCAAAGUCUACCACGAGUGCUUCGGCAAGUGCAAGGGUUUGUUCGUGCCGGAGCUAUACACCAGCCCAAACGCAGCGUGCGUCCAGUGCAUGGACUGCAGACUCAUGUAUCCGACCCACAAGUUCGUGGUGCACAGUCACAAGGCGCAGGAGAACAGAACUUGCCACUGGGGCUUCGAUUCGGCCAACUGGAGGGCGUACAUCCUCCUAGGCCAGGAUUACACAGGGAAAGAGGAGAAGACUCGUCUGGAGCAGCUCCUGGACGAGAUCAAGGAGAAAUUUGACUUCGCCAACAAGUACAAGAGGAAAGCAUCAUCCAGGGCAUCUGAUCCCAUCCCGAUGAAAAAGUCCAAACACGAAGACCUCCCAUCGCAAUCCCCGCUGGCCGACAAAGAGAAGCAGCACGACUGGCUACAAUCCUUGUCUGCCUCCAAUAAGGGGAUUAACUGCAUUCAGCCGAGGCAGAGGCCCUCAGCUUUUAGACCUUGGUCUCCACACAUCUCCACGGGUGAUAAGGAGCCCUCCAGUCACCCUUUGGCUCUGCUGAGAGACAGCUUCUACAACUACAAGAGCCUUGAGAACGCUGUGGCCCCCAAUGUGGCCCUCACACCACUGCCUCUGGGGAAGGUGGGUCCUAUGUCUCCAUCGGUACCCAGCACCUCACACCCAAGUGGAGGUGAACCCCCAGGCGAGGGCGCCAACCCCAACUCCAGGUCUCGGAAGAGAAGAGCCACAGGGGAGCUCCCACCCCCAGCACCAGAGGUCCCCUGCUUUCCGUCCUCCACUGCCAAUAAGGCACCACUGCCGCCACCUCAGGACGACAAAGAUUCAGAGGUGGAGAUUGAAGUGGAAAGUCGUGACGAAUUCACUUCAUCACUGUCCUCCCUGUCGUCACCAUCAUUCACCUCGUCCAGCAGCUCAGCCAAAGACUUGAGCUCACCAGGCGUCCAAGGGCCUAUCUGCACUGUCACGUCAGCUGAAGGCACUGCUCCUGGAGCUGCACCUGUCGCAGUACCUGUGACUCCUCCAGAGCUGGGGUUGGAGUCAGAGCUGGAGAGCCUUCGUCAGGCACUGGACAGUGGACUGGACUCCAAAGAGUCAAAAGAGAAGUUUCUUCAUGAGAUUGUUAAGAUGAGGGUGAAGCAGGAAGAAAAGUUGGGAUCAGCUCUGCAGGCCAAACGAAGCCUCCAGCAGGAGCUGGAGUUCUUGCGGGUGGCCAAGAAGGAGAAGCUGCGGGAGGCAACUGAGGCAAAGCGCAACUUGAGGAAGGAAAUUGAGCGGCUGCGAGCCGAGAGCGAAAAGAAGAUGAAGGAAGCCAAUGAGUCACGGAUCCGUCUCAAGCGGGAGUUGGAGCAGGCCCGACAGCUUAGGGUCUGUGAUAAAGGCUGCGAGGCUGGACGUCUCCGCGCAAAGUACUCUGCACAGAUCGAGGACCUCCAGAUGAAGCUUCAGCAUGCUGAAGCUGACCGUGAGCAGCUCCGAGCUGACCUGCUGCAGGAGCGGGAGGCCAGGGAGCACCUGGAAAGAGUGGUGAAGGAGCUACAGCAGCAACUCUGGCCCAAAUCCACCAGCCUCAAAGACGGUACACCCAAGGACAUGCCAGCUGACAACUAAGCCAGCAGUCAGCUCCACUACCUAACCAUUCCCUCUCAUUGCUAUGAUCCACCCCAACAUCCUCUACCCUUUUUCAAACUCUAUUCAGGAGACCUGGAACAGACAUAUGCCACUGUCCCUCACACUCACACCCCCACAACACAAAAGCAUACGAAGACUCUCGCUCUCCAACCAGAGACAGAAAAAGAAAUGUGGAGCUGUGCCCUCAUCCACACCCAUGAAAAGUCUAGUGAGUGAUUCCCUUGGAGAAUGACCAGAAAUGGCAACAAGGAAACCCAUGUUUCUAAAUCAAGCACUGACUCGCACCUUCCAAACUCAGAGAACUGAAAACUGGAUCACAGUGAAUAACAGAAAAGAGAUACACAGCGCGAUGUGUGGCUGUCCCUACAUUUUCCCUGACAAGGAAAUGAGGUGAGACGUGUGGACUGUGCUAAAAACUGCUAAAAGAAGAUCAUAUUCUAUUGGAUUUACACAGCUGUUAAGAGGUGUUGUAGCGGUGUGGCGAGGAGUGUUGGUCUCAUACGUAACCCUCAAUUCUGGAGAAAGCCUCCACCACUUUCUCCUGCCACAUUGAAGACAGAGGAUUUUGAAAACAUCAUAAGCUAUUUAAGGACAACAUAGCAAUGUGUAAAGAAAAAGAAGAGCAUUUCCCUGUUUCUCUGUGCUAUUGGAGUUGGAAAAUAUGAAAGAUACAGAAAAAUUAGAAGGUGAACAAAACAUGCAAAUGAACUUUCCACAGUGCCACCGUGGUUUUGUUGGUUUUCAGGAAGUCAUCCCAGUCCACUCAGAGGCGACCCAUCUUCUCCUCACAUUAUUUCCAUUCAGGUUGAAUUUUUCUCUCUCUUGGGAUCAAACCUGGAUUGAAGAUUGAAAAUAAAAACAUGCCGACUUAGAGGCACCUUUUUUAGUGAGCACUUGUUUUUGGUGAUCAGUAACAAUAUCCAACCGUCUCCACCACGCACACACACAAACACACACACUGGUUGCCAUAUGUUUUUUAAGCAUUUGGGUCAAAACCCUGAAGUCUUUAUCUUCUAAAGAUAAAAUACUCCAGAUGUGAGUGUAGCCAUGUUUUCUUGUCCUGUAACAUUUGCGUGAAAAGCGCCGGCAUGUUUUUACUCAAAUUGGCAUCAUCAUCUUUGAAGUCACAGUGGACUGGAUGGACACUCUUGUCAAUAACCACAAAAUGUUCAUUUUAAUUAAAUUAAGGUAUGUAAAUAAAAGUAUAUGAUGUUGUUUUCUUUUUUUACUUUACAAUAAUGAAUCGCACUUUGUCAUAACAAAAUACUGUUAUAAUGCAUUGUACUCGCACUAUUGUCUUCAGUCUUUCUUUGAAAACAUCAUCUUAUACAUGAGUGCUAACAUAUAAAUCCAGUAAGCAUUUCGUUGAUUAUAUGCAUCUUAAAAAAAAACUGUUGUUCUGUUUACUAAGGCAAAGUAUUGUAAAUAAACAGAAAGAAAAAAGUAUAGCUGUUGCUCGCUGAUGCAGUCUGGAAUUUUUGGAAGGUGUUGGGCAACGCAUUCUCCCAUCCCUGUAAUAUAAUCGACACUUGAGGACUCGGUUCUAACAUACAACAAAUCUGACAACACAGAGCUGAAUCGCAGGAGCACGAACAAAAAGUAAAGUCAGAUUUUAUUCAGAAGGUGGAGAGCGUGAACCGGCCAUCACACAGGGGGUACAAUGCAAUCAGAAUGUACAUUGUGUUAAUGCUAAUUUUCCUUUGGUUGUUGAUGUUGUUUUUAACGUGGAGAUAUUUUAUUGCUUGUCUGUUAUGUUCACUUUUUUCAAUAGAAAACUCAUAUUUUCUUUAUGCAUGAAAUUUGACAACGUUUGCCAUACAUAUAGUCAGUUAUUGGGCAUUGAUGCUGUACAUGUAAGGGUUUUAUUGUGUUAUGCAAUAUAAAGCAUUUUUUUUCUUAUUUAGAAGAGGAAAUUGUUAUUGAAAAAAGCAACAAGUCGUGUAUUGUUCUUAAGAAAAAAAAACUUCACACUUGCGAAAAAAACAAAACACAACAAAAAAAGAAGAAAAAAAAAAUCAAUGCAAUGCUGGACAACCUCAAGUGCCUGGAUGUGGGCGAAAGGUUUCCAGAGAAGGAAAACUGAUGAUGAAGCUGCUGGCAUUGGGGCAUCUUAUCAAUUUACUGUUUGCAGGUUUCAAAUUAACAGCCCCUCCUUGUAUUGCACUUCUUUUAUCAGUAUUCCUAAAUCCAACCAGUUUACAAAUGUUUUUUUUUCUUUUUUCAGUGCUGAGAACAAUUGAACAAAUGCUAAGAUGCUUAAGGCUUUUUUUUUUGUUCUGAAUGAGUGCUUUGUUUCUUCAUUUGAUAUCAAUGAUAUGCAUGUUCAGACAAUUUUUAUAGAAGAUCAUGAAAAGCCACUUGCUUCGGUGAAUUGUUACUUUGGGUUGUACAUAAAGAUUUAACUGUUUAUUCCCAGUUUGCUGACUUGUCCUGAGGCGGACACGUCGAGGAUAAUAGGGCAUUAUGUUGAAAGCCCGUUUCUUAUCCGACAUUACUGAUGUUGCACGGAGAACAACACUGCAUCUGUGACUUUGGCAGAACUAAAAUUGGUACAUUUUGUAGUUGUUUUUACACUCAAAAGAGUUAAUAGCCUAUGUGUAGUUUACGUUACUCAUGGUUUUCUACAAAAAAGGGAGACAGUAAUGACAUUUGGCUCUUCGCUCUCCCGCACGAAAAGAAAAAAGCUGUUUAAUGACGUCUUGUUUUCUAAAGGAGAAUCAUUUUGCUAAAUAAUGGGCAGUAAAGCAGCAAUAACAGUCCAUAUUAAUAGACAAAUACUAGCCAGUGUGAAGAUUUGAAUAAGGAUUUACAAAUGUAAAUAUUUUUCAUUUACAAUAUUGUAUAAUAUAUGUACAUGGUGUUUCCUUUUUCAAAAAGAAAUCUUUUCUUACAAUAGCUGUCUUGUUUUUUUUUUGUUUUUGUUUUUUUGAAUUUGUGUUAUAACUGAGACAUUUCAAAAACAGUUAAUGCAGUGCGUAAGAGAAUAUUCCCUACAUGAACAUGUUAAUCCAUUUCUUUUCAUUAUUUUUUACUGUAGAGUCUUUAUAUUGAAUGACUUUUUUCACCGGUUCAUAUAUAUUUUUAACAGUAUGUUCAGCAUCAGAUAGCAGACCUGCAGUACGGGUCGCACACACACGACUACGCCACCUUGCAGAUUGUUUCUCCCUCAUCCUCGUGUCAUUUUAGCCCUGUGCUGCUGCUAAUUCUAUAUACAGUUCUAGAAAUAUUUUUAUGUAAGAGGUAAGCUUUCCCAUUUAUUAAUGCCACAUAUACAGUAUGAAAAAAGCUUGGCUUAUUCAUCUAUCUCCCUUGUUUCAUUCAUCUUUUCAUGCCUUUUUCUUCCUCCAACAACACUGUUCCCUUCUCUAACGACACGGACUAUAUUGUAAAGUAAAGGACUUUAUGAGAUUAUGUUUGAAAAUAGCUAUGCUUAUAUACUACAGUGACUGAAUGUACAGUGUAUAGAUGCAUUACCAGAAAUAAAGUUGUUUGUCCAGA